AUGUCUGCAGACACUGAGCUCAGAUCCUGCCUGCUGCAAGCUGUGCAGACACUAACUAAAGGACUUAGCAGCAUGGUGCAAGACGGGCGCAAAGCAAUAGAAGCAUCUCCAAGUAUCAACGACUUUGUCAAGUCCCGUGGAUCAGAUGAUCCGCAUGGUUUGAUGUGUGUCUACCCGGUCAACCUCUAUGUGGCCUGUCUACGAACGGCUGGAGUCAAGAGCAGGAGAGAGUUGGAGUCAUUGUGGGCUGGCAUGUUCUCUGAUGUUGAAGUACAAGAAAAUGUGGAAGAGUUGUUAGCCGCCGAGGAAAAAUGGGUCGGUUUGAUCAGUGAGCUCGAUCAAGAAAUGACGUCAUACGAAGAAAAGACGGCUUUGGAUGUAAUUGAUGUCGGGGAGAAGUUUCCAAUGGAUAUAGCACUCGUUGAAACUAAGUCUGGUGACACUGUGUCUCUGAAGAGCUCCGUCGAAGCACAGCUGGGUGAUUUCAACAAAUUGGGCUGUCAAGUGGUGGUGGUUGCUAGUGGAAAUCGGGAAGGGGGGCUGAGAUGGUUUAAAGAGUACGAUUGCUCACUCCCACUUUUAUUGGAUCAAGACCUGCAGUUGUACAGACAUAUUGGACUCCAUCGACUGGUCAGCGUGGCCUGGGACCUCAAGGUAUUUAUUGGUUAUGCUGAGGCUGUGGUUGGUGGUAGGGUCGAUCGGUUUGCCUGGCCAGGAGAUGACGUCACUGUGAUUGGAGGGGACUUCAUUAGCGACUCAGAGGGAACUGCUGUCUACAUGUAUAGAAGCAAGGAACAGUACGAUCGUCCUGACGUUACCAAUCUAUUGGAGUGUUUGGAGCAAGUCAACAAAGCACACAAGCCCUAA